AUGAAGAUCAUUGGGAGUUUGCUCCUGUUCUGCACAGUGACCCAUUUCUUCAGCAGCUCAGAAGCUGCUAGCCUAUCUUUAACAACAGGGAACUGCAGCAUUUACAAGAAGUACCCAGUGGUGGCCAUCCCCUGCCCCAUCAUGUACCUGCCUGUCUGUGGUUCUGAUUACAUCACCUAUGGGAAUGAAUGCCACCUAUGCAUUGAGAAUUUGAAAAGUAACGGAAAAGUUCAGUUUCUUCAUGAAGGAGCAUGCUAACUUCCCCGCAGACAUGGAUACAGAGCGAUGACAUCUUCACCAUCACCUUCAUCUUCCCUGGGCUCUGACUGCCCUCUCCUUCAUCUCAGCCGGGGCUCUGGGUAAGGGCAGAGACGGAAUGCGACGCAUCUUUGUUGGGCAGAGAAAAUUGUUGCGGUCCUCCUCAUGCCUCACUGAU